AUGGCGCAGCAAAAAAAACACCCAGGCGUCGAUUGCCCCAGGGGUUCCAAGCCCUUAGAAAACCCCGAGAGUUGCGAGAUUGCCUCGGAAGUGCUGCGGGUGAAGUACACUGGAGAACAACGCUUCGCGACGGAUCCCACGGGAUGUUUGUAUAGAACGCCGGACAAAGACAUCCUGUGGAACCAGGAACAGGGCGGUGCCGCCAGCGUGGUGCGGAAGGUGGUGUGCUUGGACGUCGCCUCCCUGCCGGCUUCCAGCCUCGCCGCUCCCGCCCCUGUCCCGGCUCCCGCGGCCGCACCGGUGGCGGCGGCGCCGGCGCCGGCGCAGCCCACGGGGACGGAGGAGGUGACGUUGAAGAUGAGGAGCGAAGAUGGACGAUUUGCCAUCACUGAUACAGAUGCGAACUACUGCCCCAGUGGAAGUUUCCCUCUUCAAAGCAAAGAGGAUUGCCAGUUGGCGGCGAAGAGUUUUUCAAAGGGAUUUCUGCCGGACACGGCCAAAGAGGAGCUGGAGCCAACCGGUUGUGUCUUUCGAGGUCCUGACCAGGACAUGCUGUGGAACGAGGACCCCGAGGGGUCACCCCACGAGAGCCGCCACGUGGUCUGCGCCACCGCGCAGUUCCAGCGGGAGAAGGCCGCGGCCAAAGCAGCGAAAUUGGCCGAGGUCCCGGCCGCGGCGGAAUCCCCGGCACCGGUGCUGACCGAUGCCCCGGCGGCUCCGGCGCCGGCGGCAGCGGCGCCGGCGGCAGCGGAUGCGAAAUAUGUCUUCGGCUCGCCCGGCGAAGUGGACUGCCCGCCCGGUGCCGUGCCGCUGAGCGAGCAGGAUCAGUGCGAGGCUGCCGCCAAGGCCCUGUCCAAGGAGUAUGUGGAGCUGAACCCCGCCGAAGGCGAUCCACCAGGUUGUCAAUAUCGGCCUCCCGACCAAGACGUCUACUUCAACAGCCACGACACGGGCGCACCCAAUGCGGCGCGGCAGCCCGUGUGCCGCGAAGAUCCCAAGGCUGCGGCGUUGCUGACCACGCGGGCGCCGGCCAAGGAGUUCAAGUUCAAUUACGUCAUGGGCGAAACCGACACGGCAGAUUGCCCUGCGGGUGGCGCACCGGUAGAGAGCUCCGAGGAGUGUGCAGCCGCGGCUAAGAAGUUGGGUAAGAUCUAUUUGGGCGAAGGAAAUCCGGCUGAGAUGGAUCCCAAAGGAUGCCAAUUUCGAGUUCCUGACCAGGACAUGUAUUGGAACCCUCAUGACACAGGUGCCACAAACGCCGCACGCCAACCGGUCUGUCGUGAAGCUUGAGAUAUCUUGAGAUCCCGAGUCGUAGCGAAGCAAUCCCUUCAUCCUACCCCAUGACGGAUCCAUGGUGCUGGUAUAUAUGC